UUUGGUAGUGGACAGAAUCUUUAACAAGAAGUACAACUUAAGCCAGAACGAAAACGAAAAAAACUGUGGAAGUUCUGUUAAGAGAGUUUGCUCAACAUUCAUCUAACAAGGAUGCCAAGACUUCCGAUUGUCCUCCUCAUCGCCUCUUUACUGCAGGGCAACAACUGUGACAAGUUUGAGGUUUAUCUGCCACAGACUGUACAAGUUAUGACAGGAUCCUGUGUGGUAGUCCCCUGCUCCUUUAACAUAGAGAGGAAAUAUGAUCCUGACUUAAAUGAUAAAUGUGUAGCUAAAUGGGUUUUCGAUUCAAAUAUGGAUCCACAACUAACUGAAACAAAUCCAGUGACAGGAGACUUGACAAAGAAAAACUGCACCACAACCUUCAGCAACAUGCAGCCUCGUCACAACAAAGCUUAUAACUUCAGAGUGGAUUGUAACAAUGCUCUGAAGUGGACUUAUCAGUCUCCAACAGUAAGAUUUGAGGUCAAAGAUAAUUUUCCCUCACCAACUCUGACUCCCUCCCCACUGAGGGUGAAGGAGGGAGACUCAGUGAGUCUGACCUGCUCUGCUCUGGCUCCCUGUCUGCCUCAUCCUCCAACUCUGACAUGGACCUUCACACAAGGGAUCCUUCAGGAGAGAAUGCAGGAGAAUCAGGACAAAACUCUAGUUAAGACCUCUGUUCUGAACUUCACUGCUUCCCCCCUACAUGAUGGACAGAAAAUAUCCUGCAUUGCUCUCUAUAAGAAACAAGACGGAAGUUCUGAUGCACUUCUUACCACAAGUUUAAUGGCAGAGGUUUUAUAUUCCCCUAAAAACACAGAUGUUUCAGUCAGUCCCCCUGGCCCAGUUCUAGAGAACAGUGAAGUGACUCUGACUUGCAGCAGUAAUGCCAACCCAGCAGUGAAGAAUUACACCUGGUACAGAGUUGAUGGAGGACAUGAAACUGUCUUUGGGACUGGACGGAUUUUAAAUGUUAAAGUAUCAACAGACAGAAAGAUUAUUUUCUGCAAGGCUGAAAAUUAUCUUGGAGAAGGACGUUCCCACCUCAAGCACAUUAGUGUUCAAGUCCCUUCAAAGAUCCUGCCCUCAUCUAACUGCACUAAAACUACAAGUCAGGUCAACUGUUCCUGUGAAACGGUGGGAAACCCGUCUCCAACGAUGCUUUGGUAUUUGAAUGGCCGACCUGUUAAUCAAUCUAGCCAGGUGGUGGUCACAGAUGAGUCUCUAAAUAGCUCAUAUAUGAGGAGCAUCCUUACAGUGAAUGAACCACAGGGCAGGGAUCUGUCCACUUUGCUCUGCUUCAGCUCCAACUCUUGGGGAUCAGCCAGUAAAAGGUUUUGUGUCAGCUGCCUUGAGAGCUCAAGAGAAGAUCAAGGUCAAAUCCCAAAGCCAGUCUUCAUUGCCACAGUUACUGCUCUUAUACUCAUAGUAUGUGCCUUGCUGUUUGUUGUCUGGUUUCAGAAGAAUAAACUCAAAAGGACCACAGGUGAUUCUGGCACAGUUGCUCCAGGUCAACAUGUGAUGAAAAAUAUAAAUGAGGUGCCAAACCCAUAUGAGGAUGCCAUUUAUGCCAACUGUGUGGAAUUGGUCAGGCAGUGAUCCCCCAACCUUCAAAUCGAAAUGAAGUAAACUGCACCAGCUCUAUGAUCACUGGCAAUGCAGAAGAAACAAGUAAAAGAUCAGAAAGGAAAAGUGAAGAUAUGGAUUAUGCCAGUGUGAAUUGAUCAAAGAAGCGCAAAUCAAAGAAGAGAGAGAAUGAUGUAAAGAUACAUCCCUCUGGUGAUUGCUAUUUAGUUCACGUUAGAAUGUUUUUUUUUUUCUUUUUGUGAGCUCUGCAAUAAAAUUUGGAAGACUGUGUGCAGAUGUUAAGAUUAGAAUUGGGAAAAAAGGAAUGAUGGCGUCAACAUGCUCAGGUUGAAUUCCAGGGCAAGUGAGUCUGGUACCAGCAAUAAAAAUACUUGAAACAUGCUCUUUUAAGGCUAGGGAAGCUGAAAUGAACAAGAUCACAAUGUUUUUCAUUAAAUAAACACACUAAUUGUUUCCCUAUUCAGAUUAACCAAUCUUUUUUGUACCCGUGUUUUCUUUUGUUAUUACAGCAUGUAUUUACUAAAUUAGAAAUAGACAGAAUAUUUUUGCAGCCUAUAUUUACAGCUAUUUAUUUUUGCCAUCUGUGAGCUUCUCAUUUAUUAACAAACAUAACCUGCCCUGUAAGAUUUGGCUAU